AUGAAGACGCUCAUCGCCGCCUACGCGGGGGUCCUGCGAGGGACCGGUUCCAGCAUCUUAUCAGCCCUUCAGGAUCUCUCUUGGCUGUCGAAGUCCAAAGUGGAGAAGCAGCUGCAGAUCAUUUCAGUGCUACAAUGGGUGAUCUCGUUCCUUACGAUGGGAGUUAUUUGCACUAUUAUCCUCAUAUAUAUGCUCUGCACAGACUGUUGGAUUAUAACAGUUCUAUACUUAGUGUGGUAUGCCUUCGACUGGAACACUCCUAGGAAGGCUGGAAGAAGAUCACAGUGGAUCCGGAACUGGGCCAUAUGGAGAUAUUUCCGGGAUUACUUUCCAAUUCGAAUGAUCAAAACUCACAACCUGGCCCCCAACAGGAAUUACAUCCUUGGCUACCACCCACAUGGCAUCAUGUCCCUGGGUGCCUUCUGCAACUUUAGCACGGAGGCCACAGGAGUCAGCCAGAUCUUCCCCGGGAUACGUCCGUACGUCACUACACUCACGGGAAACUUCAGGUGGCCCAUUCUGAGGGACUACCUGAUGACUGGAGUUGGUGAGCCCAUCACAGUCCCGAAAACCGACAAUCCGAGCCAGAAGGAAAUAGACUUUUAUCACAACCUGUAUGUACAGUCUCUGGUGACGCUCUUUGACAAGUACAAGGCGAAAUUUGGCCUGACGGAGUUGGAGACGUUGGAGAUCAACUGA